AACGUCACUUCCUGUCCCUCGCGGUCUUCCGGCCGUCGCGCGCAUGCACAGGCCUCUUUACGACUCGGCUGGCAAAGAUGGCGGAUGCACAAACCGAGAGGGCUUAUCAGAAGCAGCCCACCAUCUUCCAGAACAAGAAGCGUGUUCUGGUCACUGAAGGUGGCAAGGAGGCGAAGGAAAAGCUCCCUCGCUACCACAAGAGUGUCGGGCUGGGCUUCAAAACCCCAAGAGAGGCUAUUGAUGGCACUUACAUUGACAAGAAAUGCCCCUUCACCGGAAAUGUCUCUAUCCGUGGCCGUAUCCUCUCUGGUGUGGUGACCAAAAUGAAGAUGCAGAGGACCAUUGUUAUCAGACGUGACUACCUGCAUUACAUCCGCAAGUACAACCGCUUUGAGAAGAGGCACAAGAACCUGUCUGUCCAUCUGUCACCUGCCUUCAGAGAUGUCACAGUUGGAGACAUUGUGACCGUCGGAGAAUGCCGACCACUCAGCAAGACCGUGAGGUUCAACGUCCUCAAAGUGACAAAGGCUGCUGGAGCCAAGAAGCAGUUCCAAAAGUUUUAGAUGUGGCUGCGGACAGGAAAGCUGCUUCUGGCUGACUUGUUUCAUUGUCAAAAUAAAGGAAACAUUGUAUAAAUUC